UGUUUUGACAAGCUCUGCAUUGCCAACUCUCUGCAGACAUUGUGCUGUUGAUCUUUCUAACACCUUUUCUAAUAAACUCCUAGGUCUUACUUUGUAUAUGUUACCUCUCAUACUGAUUGUUGUUAUUUUAUUUGUUAAUUGGUUUGGUGCAGCUGUUGCUGUUAUAGAAUUUUUUAUAACUUGUAAAUCUGUUAUUUGA